GUGUCCGAUGGGGGUCUGAUGGGUAGUUUAUCCUCACACUCAUAAUGACAAAGUGGAGCUGAUAGCGGGAGCCUCUUGUCAGUUUUUCUCUCGGUUGCGAUGAUUGGGCAGUUCACCCCUCCGGACUCACCAUGCCCAUCUCCAACGACGAGCCCAUUUGCCCCAAGUUCCAGCCCAACAUUUUCGACCCCUCCCGCUGCCACGAAUGCCUGCGCCAGAAGCACCUGCACACCGGAGCAGGAGUUAGCGCCGCAGAGGAAGCACCACAGCCGAAACCCAACAAAGAGACUGGAAUUGGGGCCAAAACUGGGGCUGUCACUGGGAUUGGAUCGGUGCUGAUCGCAUUAACACCGAUAACACCGAUCGCAUCCCAGGCAGAGGAAAGAGACACCAGCAGCAAGGAGGAUUCAGACUCUCUGUCGGUGGUGAGCAGCUACUGUGAUGUCAACGGAGGCCGUGUUGGUUAUGGAGAAAGCUCUUUUUGCACCCUGAGCCCCGACUGUGAGCUUUAUAUCUGUGACGGUGACGACGACAGCACUGACAGCUGUCGAGACUACCAGGAGUCAGUAAGUGCAGAGGACAAAUACUUGCCGAUACGUCGCCGUUCGAACAAACUCGGGAUGACCCGACUCGACCCUCCACCCCAUCGGCCAAACCCUCGGGCAUGGAUGGAAGAAGCCCGAAGCAGGGACAAUUUUGGCAGUCAAUCAGGGUUUAAAGAAGACGGAGGGAAGCGGGAAAGUGGGUACUUCUCCCUGGGAAAGGCAACGGGUGUCAGCUCAAUCCGGGAUCACAGCCCAACAUCCCCUUACCGACAUUUUGAGAGAGGACAUCCUCUCUUCAGCACCAGAAGCAUAGAGCCAAAAGACACCAUCCCAUUCAGAAACCCUAAUCUUGGUGUGGCCUCUGAAAGGCAGGCACCGGACACUUUCAAUGACGACCUGGAUGUGGAAAUCCUGCCUCCUGACCCUUAUGACAUUUCCGUCGAGGUUGAGGCACAAGUCGGCCCCCGCUCUCCAAGUCCCACUCCUUUCAAGAUAGCAGAGUCGCUGGCGUCCACCGGGCGAAAAGGAUUCAACAGUUCGUAUGGCCGGGGAAACUCUUCUUCUCAAGUCUCUUCCUAUCAGCAGUCAGGACGUUUUGAGUCCUCAAGGCCUGGCUCAGCUCUCCAGUCCCGCUCUUCUUCUCCCUCACGUGGAAACCUACCAUUCAAACGCAGUGAGUCGACUGCUUCCCUCAGCAGGCAUAACUUUGAUGGUGAUGGGCGUUCACAAGGGCCAGAGCCAGGGUACAGAAACACCUUGCAAGGAACAAAUGGGCAACGUGUUGAGUCAGGAACGCUGCCGAGAAACUUUAAAUCAUUUGCUGGUCCAGUCAAAUCCCAGUCCAGCACAGUUUCAGAUUUUAGGAGUGCCUUGAGGAGAACUGAAGGAAAUGGGUCUUUGAGUGGUCGAGGGCGUGACAGCUUAAGCUCUCCUCCCUCAAGAAGAGACUCUAAACUUUCAGGACAAAUGUCUCUUCGAAAACCUGAAAUGACCAGCAGUUCAUCUCAAGGACGUGGGCGUGACAGUCAUAACUCGUCUCCAUCUAGGAGAUCUUCUGAUGCUGUGCGUGACAGUAACAAAUACUCACCACCAAGAAAAAGUUACAGCUCGUCUAGCCAAUCCCCUCUUCGCAAAACUGAAUCAAUUAUGUCUCUAAGCGGACAUAGUCACCAUGGACGCUGUGGCUCCCCCAUAAGAGAAGGAUAUGAUAUUGAAAGCCAGGUACUGCUACGUAACUCAACAGCUAAGAAUGGACUCAAUGAACAAGAAUAUGAAAGCCCUGUCGUGUCUCCAACGAGACAGGGUUAUGGCACAAGUCCAUUGGCGCUCCGUAAGACUGAUUCAAGCCCCGCCGUUGGUAGUCGAGGUCGAGACAGCCGUUGUUCGUCUCCUGGAAGGAGAGGCAAUGAAACCCCUACUCAGAACCAACUUAAGAAAACAGACACCAGUAGUUCUUUACGUGGCCGUAGUCGUGAAAGUCGCAACUCCUCCCCUUCACGGAGAAGCUAUGAAGCUCCUUCUCAGUCCCUGCUGCGCAAGUCUGAGGUAAACAGUCCUGUCAAAAGUCGUGAUAGCCACACUUUGUUGCCCUCAAGAAAAAGCUAUGAUCCUCCCGAUCAGCCCUCACUGCGGAAAACAGAAACUAGCAGCUCCCUUAAAAGCAAGAAUCUCAUCAGCCGCAACUCUUCUCCCACUAGAAUAGGGAACGGUGACGCACCGGGCUACUCAAUCCUAAGAAAUGCCACCAAUGGAGAUUCAAGCCAUUCCUUUCAAAGAAAAAACACUCACCAUGACUCAAAAUCUGAUUCCAAUCCCCCACCACGCUCCAUGCGGGAGUCGUCUCAUUCCCUCCGCAGCUCCUCUGCAUCUCGUGCUGCUUCUCCCUCCAGGCGGACCACAAAUGCCAGCAGAACAACUUUCGUCACCUUGGAAGAACCCAUGAGUCCCGGCAGAUCCAGGGUUGGUAGACGUGGCCUUGAGGAUCGCCGUCAUGAGGAUCGCCUUCAUCCGGAUCGCCUUCAUCCGGAUCGCCUUCAUCCGGAUCGCCUUCAUGAGGAUCCCCGUAAUGAGAAUCGUCGUAAUGAGGAUUGCCGUCAUGAGGAUACCCGAAAUGAGGAUCCCCGUAAUGAGAAUCGUCGUCAUGAGGAUCGUCGUCAUGAGGAUCCCCGUCAUAAGGAUCCCCGUCAUGAGGAUCGCCGUCAUGAGAAUCGUCGUAAUGAGAGUCGUCGUAAUGAGGAUCACCUUCAUGAGGAUAUCCGCCAUGAGGGUCGACGCAAUGAGGAUCGCCGCCCUUCCCCUAUCGAAAAAAAGCCUUUCCAACGCGUACGAAGCCUUUCUCCAUCCCCUCAGAUUCAACUGCGGAGGCAUACCUCCUCUCAAAGCUCCGUGGAGUCCUCAGAGUCGGGCCAGAUGUCUACGGGGUCCACAGGACGGAACAAGGAGGAGUACGCCAUGCUAGCCGACGUGCCGAAGGUCAAAAUGAUCCAUCAGAGAGAAGGGCCAAGCCAUAUGGUUCGGCCUCAGACCCCACAACCCUCUCGGAGACAGGAGCUCUUUAAACCAGCCAGCCAUUCCCUUAGCAAGCAUCCCUCCAGAGAGUGGGAGGAAACAGGGGAGACUGAGAGAGACUGGCACUACGGUGGCAGUGGGUAUCUUUCCCGGGCUCACUCCUACACAUCAUUGCAGAGGUCUGGCAGUCCCUCAGCAGAUGAGGGAAGUUCAUGGAAAAGUAACCACAACAGAUCAGAACAAAUGCAGAGAAAUAUUAAACCUCAUGAAGCUGGGGAUCCCACCGGACCCCCUUCAGCCCCCAAACACUGCUUUUAUAGCUCGUAG